AAUUAAUCCUGAGUUGUACCUGCCUUGAAUGCACUACAGUUAGAGGACCUCUCCGGUUGACGGAAAUUUCCACAUAAAAGCCUCAGCGUCCCCCCGCAAUUGAUUCCUUCUUUUGAUUCUUUCCUAUCGCCUCUCCUCCCAAACUUUCAUUCCUCUCCUUCGUCGAUAAAUAUCCUUCUUUCGUUCCACGUCUGUCUUUCGAGAACACGCGGUUUGCGAAUUCGUAUCAUAAAAAAAAUAAAAACUUACUCCUAGAUCGACUUAAUACUCCAACACCGCAAAGAUGGCCGAAAGCCGCUAUGUCUCGUACACUGAGAACCUCAUGAAGUACAUGAAGCUCGACCAGAAGGGAAACGCCAUGGCGGAGUACAUCUGGGUUGAUGCUCACGGCCAUGUGCGAUCCAAGAGCAAGACCAUCACCUCGAUUCCUAAGGACGGUAACUUCAAACCCGAGGAUCUUCCCGUAUGGAACUUCGACGGUUCCUCCACCGACCAAGCUCCGGGUGACAACAGCGAUGUCUACCUACGACCCGUUGCAGUUUACCCCGACCCCAUGCGAGGUGUUCCCAACAUCCUAGUCCUUGCCGAGUGCUGGAACGCCGAUGGCACGCCCAACAAGUUCAACUACCGCCACGAGUGCGCCAAGCUGAUGGAAGCCCACGCCGAACACGUUCCGUGGUUCGGUCUCGAGCAAGAGUACACUCUCUUCGACAUGGAGGACAGACCCUAUGGAUGGCCCAAGAACGGUUACCCUGCUCCUCAGGGACCGUACUACUGCGGUGUUGGCGCUGGCAAGGUGAUGUGCCGUGACAUCGUCGAUGCUCACUACAAGGCUUGCCUCUACGCCGGUAUCAAGAUCUCGGGUACUAACGCCGAAGUUAUGCCUGCCCAGUGGGAGUUCCAGGUCGGUCCCUGCGAGGGAAUUGAGAUGGGUGACCAGCUCUGGAUGGCUCGCUUCCUCCUUCACCGUGUUGCCGAGGAAUUCGGUGCCAAGAUCUCGGUCCAGCCUAAGCCUAUCCCUGGUGACUGGAACGGUGCCGGUCUCCACACCAACUUCUCCACCAAAGAAAUGCGCGUCGAGGGCGGCAUGAAGCACAUUGAAGCAGCGAUCAAGAAGCUUGAGGGCCGACACAAGGAACACAUUGCCGUCUACGGUGAAGGCAACGAGAUGCGCCUGACUGGCAGACAUGAGACUGGCACCAUCGACCAGUUCAGCUACGGCAUCGCGAACCGAGGCGCCUCGAUCCGCAUUCCCCGGGAAUGUGCCGCCAAGGGCUACGGUUACUUCGAGGACCGACGUCCGGCGUCAAACGCUGACCCGUACCAGAUUACGGGCAUAAUUAUGGAGACAAUUUUCGGCGCAGCAAACUAGGCAGGAGGAUACCCCUUUGGUAGUGAUGAUUUUGCUUUUAGGCGGAGCCUUAUUUCAACAUAGAACGGAGUCUCUAAAGACAUGAAUUGAUACGAAUACAAAUAAUUUCUCACCUUAACUUGGUCUGCUCGGUUUUCGGACCUUGUUACUUGAUUGAUCUCACUAUGAAUACCUGGUUAUGCUUUACUUUACCUUUGCCUCCUUGAUAAUGACACAAUAGUGUACGAACC